AUGGACGGGCAGCCAGGCAGCCUCAACGCCAGCCUGAUCGGGCAGGACGCUGGGCUGCGUGGCAGUGCCUGGACGGCCGCCUUCCUCUGCUUCGUCAUCCUGCUGACCAUGGUCGGCAACUUGGCCCUCAUCCUCCUCAUCUUCAGCCAGCGCUUCCUGCGCAACACCUCCAACUUCUUCCUGGUGUCUCUCUUCCUCUCCGACCUGAUGGUGGGCCUGGUGGUCAUGCCCCCGGCCAUGCUGAACCAGCUCUACGGGCGCUGGGUCCUGGACGGCGCCUUCUGCUCCGUCUGGUUCUCCUUCGACGUCAUGUGCACCAGCGCCUCCAUCCUCAACCUGUGCGUCAUCAGCCUGGACCGCUACCUGCUCAUCAUCUCCCCGCUCAAGUACAAGCUGCGAAUGACUUCCAGCCGGGCCUUCUGGCUCAUCCUGGCCACCUGGACGCUGGCGGCCUUGGUGUCUUUCCUGCCCAUCAAAAUGGGCUGGCACAAGAUGGACUUUGACCGCCACCCGCUCAAUGCCACCCUGCAGCUGGAAGAGGAGCAGUGCCGUCUGCUGGUCAGCUUGCCUUAUGCCCUCAUCGCGUCCGGCCUGACCUUCUUCCUCCCCUCGGUGGCCAUCUUGUUCACCUACUGCCGGAUCCUGCUGGCCGCCCGGAAACAGGCCCUCCAGGUGGCAUCUCUUACCAACAACAAGCCCCUCGGCGAACAAACACAACAGGUUCCUCGAGACCAGGGCCAAGGAAGCGGGGUGAGUAACAAUCGUAAGAUUGCCAACAAGCACAGCCGACGGGCGCUCAAGGCCAGCUUGACCCUUGGCAUCCUCCUGGGCAUGUUCUUUGUGGCUUGGCUACCUUUCUUUGUCUGCAACAUGGCUCAGGCGGUCUGCAAUUGCAUUUCGGAAGAUUUUUUUGACCUCCUGACCUGGCUGGGCUACUGCAACAGCACCAUGAACCCCAUCAUCUACCCGCUCUUCAUGCGGGACUUCAAGAGGGCCAUGGCCAAGUACUUGCCCUGCUGCCCCCGCGCGUGGGAACGCAGGCCCAGCCGGGUCUCGCUCUCCCUCAGGAAUUCCAACAGCGGCCCCCGGCCGGGGGUUUCCCUCAGGAACGCCCUGACUCUGCCAGGGGAAACGGACUCGGCCGAUUCCAUCGUCCACGGCAAUGACCACAGCAGCCAGUCGCUCAGCUUCCUCCCAGCUACCCGGGCCAACUCGGUUCACCUUUCCGACGCUGAGCGGACGGAGCCAAAGUUGAACCUCAUCUAUCUGAACACGCCCUCAGACUGA